AUGAUGCACAUGACCUUCUACUGGGGCGUGGAGGCCACCAUCCUCUUUUCCUCUUGGCACACGCGUACGCUUCCGCAGUACUGUCUCGCUAUUGCGCUUGUCGCGCUCGCCAGUAUCGCGUACGAGGGCCUUAACUCUCUGCGCGUCAACGUGGCAGCGGGAAAGCUCGCGCGGGCGAGCGCUGCUACCGUCGCAUCCACGAGCACACCACUACUUGCAGGAAGCUCUCCCCCUCCAGCUCGGCUUUCUUGGGCAGACAAGCUGCCUCUCUCCCUGCUCUACAUUGCCACGUCUGCGCUGGCCUACCUCCUCAUGCUAACCGCCAUGUCCUUCAACGGAGGGAUCUUCAUUGCUAUUGUUGUUGGGCUAGCCGCUUCCAUGGCCGAUCAAUUGUCCGAGGAUCAGAUUGCGGAGUUUAAGGAAGCUUUCAGCUUGUUCGACAAGGAUGGAGAUGGUAGCAUCACAACGAAGGAGCUCGGAACCGUCAUGCGUUCGUUGGGGCAGAAUCCAACUGAGGCUGAGCUUCAAGACAUGAUCAACGAAGUCGAUGCGGAUGGUAAUGGAACGAUCGACUUUCCAGAGUUUUUGAACCUUAUGGCGAGGAAAAUGAAGGACACCGAUUCUGAGGAGGAAUUGAAGGAGGCGUUUAAGGUGUUCGACAAGGACCAAAACGGAUUCAUCUCGGCGCAGGAGCUUCGGCACGUGAUGACGAACUUGGGAGAGAAGUUGACAGAUGAGGAGGUUGAUGAGAUGAUUCGGGAGGCUGAUGUGGAUGGAGAUGGACAAUUGUCAGAGGAUCAGAUUGCGGAGUUCAAGGAAGCCUUUAGCUUAUUCGAUAAGGAUGGAGAUGGCAGCAUCACAACGAAGGAGCUUGGCACUGUCAUGCGGUCCUUGGGCCAGAAUCCGACAGAGGCCGAGUUGCAAGAUAUGAUUAAUGAGGUUGACGCUGACGGUAACGGCACAAUUGACUUCCCCGAGUUCCUGAACCUCAUGGCGAGGAAAAUGAAGGAUACCGAUUCCGAAGAGGAGCUAAAGGAAGCGUUCAAGGUAUUUGACAAAGACCAGAACGGUUUCAUUUCGGCACAGGAGCUUCGGCAUGUAAUGACGAAUUUGGGGGAGAAACUGACGGAUGAGGAGGUUGACGAAAUGAUUAGGGAAGCGGAUGUGGAUGGGGAUGGCCAAGUUAAUUAUGAGGAGUUUGUAAAGAUGAUGAUGGCAAAGUAG